GGCAGACGACACCAGAUCCCCGACCGAGGAAGCUCAAAAGGCUGCAAUUUCACCGAAUGCCUCAUGAGUCUUCACUUGCACUUGCACUCACCAACUUGACUCGCCAACUUGUUGAGUCGACCUUUCUCGAUCCUCAAUUGCGCUGCGACGACCUCAUCUUUCGCUCCUCUCGUCCCUCGGAUAGCCGACUUCUGAUCUCGGACCGUUCCCUUCCGAUAAAAGACUGAUCACCAGACAUGACUGCCACAGCGCAGCCAGCCAGAUCGCAGAGCAGUUCAGCCACAUUCAUGGAUAGGUUUAGGGGAUUGGCAAAGAAGAAAACAAGUGCCUUCAGAAAACGACUGUCAGCAUGUAUCAACGCCGGGGUUGACAAAGGACCAACUGAACAGCCAUCCUCUGUUCGUGACUUCUUGUCGUGUGCUCCUGGUGUACGCCAGAGCCAGCCACGAGUCACACCUGUUCGGAAGGUGAGCGCUCAUCCGCAGUCAGAAUACCUUCCCGAGUUGCAUUUCGACAGGAAAUCAAACAACAGCCUCGCCAACAUAUCAGAGAUGUCAGCAGGGUUAAGCAGCCAAUUUUCGGGAAGCGAAGUUUCACUGCCGUCAAGCGUUGCAGCGCCUGGCUGGGAAAUUCCUCCAGCAGAUUUAAUCGCGGACCGUGAGUACAAAGCAUAUCUCCCCCACUCUCACCGACGCAAUGCGAUCGUCUUUGAGAGUCCUGACGACUUGGAGCAAUUUCGCACCAUCGAACAUGGUCCAGUUGAGUUGGGGGCUAAUGCUAUGCCGCCAGGUACAAGAAAUCAACAACAUCGAGCGAAGAUGAACCUUCUGCCCCGUCCAGGUGCUGCCAACCACAUUGCGGAGUUGCCUGCAUCAGGGCAGUCAGCGACCACUGUAGAGUCUACUCGGCUCCCUCUCGCCCACUCCAAUGGUGGCCAAUACAAACCAUACCCUGGGACAGUGGUAAACAAACCUCACGAUGCGACCAAGCAGACAUCAAGGGAGCACUACUCAUGGCCUUUGAUCGAUUUUCAAGAGGAGAUGUUUCUCAAUACAGACCCUUCACGAGCUGGAUUUGUAAAUUGGCACCGUCGAUUCCCCAAGCAUCAAGAACCUCGAAUUCCAUCGAUGGACUUCUCCGAGGGGAAGUUGCAGGAAGAAGUUAGUGCGAUGCUCGGAAAUCUGCAGGUUGAGGAAAGAGCGGCAGAUGGACGGUCGGGCUUUGUAUCUCCAGUUUCCCCUUUGGAUAGGACUGUGCAUGAGAUGGAAGCCGCUGCCGCGAACACGAGACAUGCUCCGUUUAUCCCUCGCAACGGAUCUCAUCCAGGAGAGAUGGUGGAAUUGGAAGGGACUCGUUAUGUGACGAACCUACCUUCACGACGACAACAGACCUUGAGCCCGGUGUCUCCAGUGUCCAGCGACGGAGCACGAGUGAGCCAUCAUGAAUACAACUGGCCGAGAUUUUCAGAAGUGCAACGAUAUGAAGACCCUGCGGAGGAGUACAGUCGGCGAUAUCGAGAUCGAAGACGCGAUAUGCGUAGAGAAAGAGUAGUGGAGAGCAAAGCAGAGCAACAGCUACAGCGACGGCAAAACAAGUGAAGACCGCGUUUGGCAUCUGGUGACCAACGGCUGAUGAUGGCAUGUUCUUUGGACUGAUUCGGAGGAAGGGCGCACCAGGGCGUUACAGUAUGUGCUUGUUGCUUUUUUGUUGGAGUCGUCAGAGCUGGUUCUCGGUACGAAGGACAAAGGGCCAAGGGCGGAAUCAUUUUCCCAGCUUCAGAUUGAUCAGAUUGGUGAGACGCUGUCUUGCUCUGUGCUUUGUGACUAUCGAUUGAGUUGGAGGAUGUUCGGUCAAAGCCGG